AUGACGUUAGAAGAUCAAAAAUCCUGCGACGCUUCCUGCCGUUUCCUCGGGGACGCGACCAAGUCGCUCGCGCACUCUGUAAUCCUAAUCACGGUGGACACGAACGCGAAUGCGGAGGUGACUGCCUUGCACGACAUCCGCAGUCUCCCAACAUUCAUGGCGUACCGCAACGGCUGUAUUGUAGGCCGAUUUGAAGGUUCUCAGGAAGACGAGAUCAAUAAGCUGGUGAACCUCCUCGCAGAGAACUCGCCAGAGGGAAGUCCCACCAUCGACAACGGGACGUCACCGUCGCCGCAACAACCGGGCACCACCUCGAAACGUGUGUCAGGCAACUAA